GUGUUGUUGACGGACAGCCUCCCACUGCAGUUUGUGCCAACUAUAGUUCAGUGGAACUUGCGCAAGCUCCCCCACCUAACUUCUCUGUGUGCUGCUGACCCAAGUUGGUACAAAAUGUUUUUGGCCAAAAAGUUACUCGGUGGCCUCAUUGAUGUUGUAAGCAACAACAUUGACCAGUUUGUGCCAUCUGACCCUCCUCCACCACGUAGGCCACUUGCAUUUGCAGAGCAGCAUGAGAGUGAUGAGGAGAAACAGUUCCGCAGAGUCUUCCAGCAACUUGCUGGAGAUGACAUGGAGGUGAGCCCAGCUGAACUGAUGAACAUCCUGAAUAGAAUCAUUUCAAAGCAUGGUGAUCUAAAGACGGAUGGCUUCAGCAUUGAGUCUUGCAGAAGCAUGGUGGCAGUCAUGGAUAGUGACAGUACUGGCAAACUGGGCUUCCAUGAGUUCAAACACAUCUGGAACAAUAUAAAGAAAUGGCAGGGUGUGUACAAGUCCUAUGACACCGAUGGCUCUGGUGUCAUUGGUGCAGAUGAGUUGCCCAACGCUUUCAGAGCUGCUGGCUUCCCUCUCAAUGACCAGCUGUUCAACAUGAUAAUUCGCAGAUACAGUGAUGAGGAAGGCAACAUGGAUUUCGAUAACUACAUUGGCUGCCUUGUGAGGCUGGAUGCCAUGUGCCGUGCCUUCAAAACCCUGGAUAAGGAUAACAAUGGGACCAUUAAAGUCAAUGUUCAGGAGUGGCUUCAGUUGACCAUGUACUCUUGAGUACAGACGAUGUUACUCCUGCUUGUUUUUGGAACCACUUUGUUUGUCUGUGCAUUACAAAAUGUUUUUCUCAUUUAACCCUUUGAUGUCCUGUGUUACUCUGUGAAUCACUGAUGCAUGCAGGCUUAUUUAGACUUAGAUUCAGAAUAUUAAGGCCAUGCAAGAGUAUGGCAGAUCCUUCAUUUUUCUGCAAUACUCACCACACAACCUGGAUGAGUGUGUAGCCAACUUGACUUAGGUUUACAAAGAUGUUAGUAUGUUUCAUUACCUGGUCAGCUUCUUUGGCAUCUGAUUUUGACCUGCUGUUUUCCCUCAGGUCAGAAUAAUAUGAGAAGAGACAGGCCAACAUCCAGAUGCUGAAUGGCAUUGAUAGCUUGAUAAUGUGAAAGCAGAAAGCUCUCAUUGUUUUGUGGCUGGUACUGGUUUCACAAAGAUACAGUCAACAGGUUAAAUUGAUGAAUUUAGCAAUGCUGGACACAAGGAACAUACACACCCUUUUCUCAACUCUGUCUGCUACUGAACUAAACCUGAACUACACGAGGCAGUGGGCACACCUUUUCUCACAGAGCAGACGUUGAAGGUGAAGGUGUGUUUCACUAGGUCUGUUUUCCCCUCCAACAUAGCUGCCACCUAGUCACUGUAUUUGGAUCAUUCUUUUUUUAUUAUGGGUCUACAUAAUCUAAUAUUGACUGCAUGAUUGACAUUUCCAUGUUCUGUUGGGUUUUUUCUCCCGUUGGGCUUGGGCAGUGUUCACCUUUAGCAUUUAUAUCCUUCUCCUGCUUCUAAUAAUUUCCGGCAGGCUGUACACUUGAGGUGCAAGUUGUGCUAAAUGUUUUCAACAGCGAAAAAUCCCCUAUUUUUCACUCAAAAUAACUCCAUACAGCAACUCUGUCUUUGUGAAACCAAGUCUAACCCUGAUAAGAGAUCAUUCACUAAAAUGGGAGGAAAGUGCAUACAUUUAUUUGCACCAAAGCCAGUUGCAAGCACAUAAUAAUUGGUACAAUCCGUUAUUCUGCAUCAGUUCCACUAACCCAAACCUCUAUGAUACAGCUACAAAAAGCAACAAAUAAAUCCUUAAAAUUUACUUUUAAUGUGACCUUAUGUUAAAGGUAAUUCGUUAAUGUACCGUAUAUAUUCAAUACAUGCAAUUCUAUUAUCAUCUCUGUAAUGUAUAUUAACAUCCUUGGAGAUAUGUUGGCUUAUAUUUUGUUGUGGAGUAUUGAUACUGGUGGUGAAACCUUAUGUCAGCUUAUUAACUGAUCACUUUUUGUCAUAUACUUACUCCACAUACCUGCAUCAGAGAUGAUGCCAGCACAGUGUGUGAAUUGAUCAUAUAUUACUGAUGUGUGUGCCACUAAUGCAUGUAGCCAAUAGAAAUGAAUUGUGAAAGAGUUUUAACCAUGCAGUUACAGCCGCCGCCGUCAUUUAUCUGUUACUGAAAUUGUUUGCUAAAAUUACCUGUGCCAUAUUUGAAAUAAAUGGUAUAUUAAUUUUA